AUGAAACAAUUUUUCGUUAUCCUUGGGCGGCUUCAGUCACCAAAAAUGGAUAAUGGUUACUACGAAUUAAGUGAUAUAGAACAAUGGACGGUUGUGUAUGGCGGAGUUUGCAUAAGAGGAAAUUCUUCCAGCCAUCGGAAUGAUCCAUUAUGCAUCAUUCCUGAUAUUGAAAAGAACGAGAUUCGAUCCGUAAUUCUGGACGCUGCUUUUCUGCGAUACAAUUGUAAACUUGGCCAUGAUUGGGCAAUUAUCGAAGUGAAACGACCAAUACUUUUUUCUAGAACAAUCAAACCUAUUUGUUUACCAAAACCAAAUCAAGAAAUCAAUGAACUUUUAAUAGUUUUUGGAUGGGGGCGGCAAAACGGCAAGUAUCACUUAUUCAUCGAAGCUAGUCCUCAUUUAAAUGAAAUACCAAUGCGAUACGAUCCGAAAUGUGAAGCACCAUAUAGCGAUAAAAUGCCAACCGAAGUCGAGGACUAUAUUUGCGCUAAAACUAUGGAUAUUAACGAUUAUUCGCUUCCACGAAUUUGCUAUGGACAAAGUGGUUCUGGAAUGCAACAAAGAGAUAGCAAUGGUUUUGCUCGAUUGAUUGGAAUCACAUCUUAUGGUUCAGUUGGAUGUCCACCUAAUGAAUUGGCCAGAUUCACGAGAGUUGAUCAUUAUCUAAGCGAAAUUUGUAUGGCAACUGGAGUAUGUGAUGCUUUUUAA